CUCAGUUCAAAGACUUAAUAUGCUCUAUCCAUUGCUACUUGUCUGUAAACUGUUUAGGAAUCUGUCAAACGAGGUUUGCAAUGGGGAUAUUUACAAGCAAAAAACAGCUGCCAGAGUCCUCUCCAUGCAGCCUCCUCACAGUCAAGAUCAUAAAAAUUAAAAAUCUCCGGAAGGCGGAUCUUUUAACACAAUCUGAUUGUUAUGUGACUUUAUGGAUGCCAACUGCUUCACUGAAAAGGACCAAGACCCGGACUGUGAAUGAUUCCAAAGACCCCGUGUGGAAUGAAAGCUUUCACUUCAGGAUUCAGAAUCAAGUCAAGAACAUUCUGGAGUUUAAAGUCUGUGAUGAAGACAAGCACACUGCAGAUGACCAUCUUCUCACUGUUUUCUUCGAUGUAUCAAAAAUCAAGCUUGGAGAAACAGUUUGCCUCAAUUUUCAGCUUAAUCCAAAGGGUAAAGAGGAACUAGAAGUUGAAUUCACUCUAGAGAGCAGUCCUGAUGUUCCAGAAAAGAUUUUUACUAAUGGAGUCUUAGUGUCUCGUGAAGUUGCCUGCUUGGAAGUUCAAGUGGAUAAGGGACGAGUGAAAUCAGAAAGUAAAUUCACCCUUUCUGUAGAUGGGUCCUAUGAAAAAGCUAAGAAUCUCACACUGAGUUCCUGGUUUUGCUCUGCUUCUCCUGCUAAAUUCUAUUAUGUUAAAUACAACCAAUCAGAGCUGGAUAUUGAACUGAGAAGGAGAGUGCUCUGCCCGGGGCCCGAGGGGAAUGAGAAAGCAACACUUCACUUGGCCUCACUUCCUAUAGAAAAGAAAGUGACAAUACCACCGAACAAAACCUUUGAUAUGAAUGUGAAAUCGAAAGAUUGGACUCAAGGAAUAUUAUUUCGAAGGCCAAAAGAAAUUGAUGUGCGUUUGGGAUAUAGUCUGUGCUCAGAUGAAAAUAGUUUCCUCAAGAAAAGGAAGAAAGUGGUUGCUAGUACACUGAAAAAUAUUCUUCACUUAGGACGAAACCUGCAAGAUCAUGAAGUCCCUGUGGUCGCUGUAACAACUACGGGGACUGGAAUGAGAGCCUUGGCAGCUAUGUACGGCACACUUUGGGGUCUCCAAAGAAUGAAACUUUUAGACUGUGUUUCAUACAUCACUGGGUCAUCGGGUACAACAUGGACCAUGACAGAUUUGUAUGAAGAUGCUGAUUGGUCAUCUAAAGAUCUUGGAGAGAUAAUCAAGAAUGCUCGGAAGCAAGCGGCCAAAUCCAAAAUGAGUGCCUUUUCACUGACUAGCAUGAAGUCCUACUACAAAGAGCUAUGUCAAAGGAACGUAGCAGGGUAUAAGACGUCCUUUAUUGAUCUUUGGGGACUCAUGAUUGAAGCUAUGCUGAAUGAUGGGAACAACAACCACAUACUCUCAGAACAACAACAGGCAGUAAAAAGAGGUCAGAAUCCCCUGCCAAUCUAUGUGGCUCUCAGCGUUAAGGAUAAUGUCACCACAAAAGAUUUUAGAGAAUGGGUGGAGUUUACACCCUAUGAGGUGGGAUUUCCAAAAUAUGGAGCUUUUGUUCGUGCUGAAGAUUUUGGAAGUGAGUUUUUCAUGGGACACCUAAUGAAGAAACUCCCAGAAUCAAGGAUCUGCUUUAUGCAAGGGAUGUGGAGUAGUAUAUUUUCCAAGAAUCUCUUGGAUGCCUGGAAUGCAGCUGACAACUCAGAGGAUUUCUGGACAAGAUGGACCCGAGACACUAUCACUGAAAUUGAUGAAGUGCCUGAUUUGCCAGACAGGCCCCAUGAAAUACCAACACGCAUGUUGACACCUGCAGGAGGCAUUUCUGAAACUCUGAGGGAUAUUUUAACAGAUCGUCCAGCAGUGUCAAAGUAUCACAAUUUCUUACGGGGGUUCCAAAUGCAUAAUGAAUACAUGCAUAACCCACAUUUUUCUAAAUGGAAAGACACUAUUCUGGAUGAAUCUCCCAAUGAACUAAGAGAUCCUGCAGACCACCUGGAACUGGUAGACAGUGCUUUCUUCUUUGAUACUAGUUGCCCUCCACUUCUGAGACCUGAAAGAAAAGUGGACAUAAUUCUCCACUUCAGUUAUACUGGAGGAUCGCAAAGCAAGCCUCUGGAACAGGCCUCCACAUACUUCUCAGAACAAGGAAUCCCAUUCCCCAAAACUCUGCUAAAUGAAGAAGAAAAGAAAAACCUAAAGGAGUGCUAUGUGUUUGAAGAUGUAGACAAUGCAGAAGCCCCCACAGUAAUUUAUUUCCCACUAGUAAAUGAUACCUUCCAGCGAUACCUUGCGCCAGGUAUAGAACGUAGUGCUGGUGAAAUGUCUCUAGGCAAUGUUGACCUCUCCAGUCCUCUGUCUCCAUAUUCCAUGAGACAGUUCUCACUGAAGGAUGAAGAUUUCAACAAACUGUUGAAUCUAACAAAUUACAAUGUCCAGAAUAAUGCCACUACUAUCUUACAGGUUUUGCACGAGGUUGUAGAACGGAAAACACAGGUUCAGGCAUCUCAAAUGGUGUCAUGAACAUCACACAGACACACGCAAGCACACAUUAUGGAGAAAAUAGAGGAUCAAAGAGAGGUCUAAUAGCUGGUUGAAAGGACAAGGCAUAAAAGAACUGGAGUUAUCUAAACUUGGUUACUAAAAUAUUCUCCAAGCACUAUUAUCCUUAUUGAAUAAAUAUUCUACAAUUCUAGCCUGCUAUUUGCUAUUGGCAAAGGGUGAUCCCUCAGUGCACUGGAGCCCAUGAAAGUUUGGACAAUGGCAUAUACUUCACUCUACUGAUUCCUGGAUAUUUGAUUCCUGGCUAUCCAAAUGUUUGCCUGUCAUUUGCCAAUAUAGAUGUAUAGUUCAAAAUUCUUAACUCCAGAUUCUCCUAUUGAAACAGUUAUGGGCAUAGAUCCUAUUGUUCACUCUCACUAGAGGAUAUCCUGUGGAUCAAUGAGGCUUAGUUAUAUGUUGACCCACCAGUCAACAUUUGAUUCAAUGGGUGUACUUCAAUUGGGACUAAUCUGAAUCAGCUACAUCUUAAAGCAUAUCUAAACUGACUAUUAGGUUGAUGUAGAUAUGUAUCCGCCCCAGCAUAUCUGGGGCAAAGUCAUCUUAAUGCAACCUUGCCCUGGGUUAACCUAAGUCACUUGAAAGCACUAAUCCUGCCCCAGGCUUUUCCCCAGUGUAAGUGCUGUGAGGACAGUUAGGCCAGUUCCCAAACAGGACUGGGUGAAGCUGUCCCGCCACUGAUGCAACCUGGCACCUACCUUCUUCCUAGGGCUCUGAUGUCAGGCAGGGCACCAGCUUCCCUCUUUUCCUGGUUCCUUUUUCCUCAACAUGCCAAUACUAUUGCAGACACCAGUUGUUCAGCAUUUUAGGUCAAUGUUGAAGGGACCCUAAUUAAAUGCAUUUCUUUCUGAAAUCAUGUUGAAAUAUUAUUUCUCUUUGAUAUUGUCCAGAGUAAAAUAUCAUUCCUACGAACUGUGGAGUUUUUUUUUAGCAUUGUAGACAACACACACAGUUACAAAUGCUGGGUUAAAAUCAUGCCUGGAUGAUUAAAUUGUUCUUUACCUGCUCUUUAAAAUUGGAAAAAAUUCACAAUGUUAUGUAAUGCUUUCGAUUCUAUUAACAAUAACCAAACUGAUAUUUCAUCUUUUUGAAAUACAGAAAUAUCCAUGAAAGGAUCCACUUAUCUCCUACUCACCUAAUUUCUAUUUUAAAUAUUUCUUUGCUAUCUGUUUCUUUGUAUAUAGACAUCUGAAUAGUUUAUUAGAAGAUAUUCUAUUGAAGAAAAUAAAAUAAUGCAUAAACAAGAAUAAACUUUAUGCCACACAC